AUGGAUAUUCAAACACUCAAGAGCGAUAUCUUUAUUGAUAUAGCCACUUCUGAAGCUAUUAAAAAUCAAAUACCUUUUAUUAUUACUGAUGAAAUAAGUGGAGUUAAUAUAACUGAAGAACCUGAUAGAGGAACUCUAUUUUCUCUGAGUUAUUUCGAAAACUGUGAAGCUUUAACUAAUAUUACUAAAGUAAUAGAUAAAAGAAUUAAAUAUUUUAUAAUAGUUCAGGAAAUCUGCGAAAACAUUAAAAGUGACCUGUUGAGUGAGCUACAAUUUUAUGACGUCAUGUUCUUUACAUCAGAUCAAGACAAUGGCAAACUUAUUUCAAUAAAAGUCACUUCAGAAAUGGAUGAAGAGAGUUGUCGCUCGAUGGGACAUAUAAAGAUGGAAGUAACUAUAAUUAAUCAUAAUGAAUCGUAUGAAAAUAAAGAAAGACAGUCAUACGUUUCAACAGCGGCUUUGAACCUUAAAAAGUGUAAAUUCAACGUAGGACUUGCCAGUCUUUACCCAUAUUCUAUGAUAAAGAAUAAAAAAUAUCUUAAAACAUUUGACCCACUGCAGAUUGACGAUAUAAAUGGUUCUGAUGUAGAAAUAAUUAAAAUCAUCGCAAAUUAUUUAAACGCUACUUUAAAUCUGCAUUACGUUCAUAGGAACGAAGAAAACCCAUAUUUUGAUUCAGAUUAUCUAAAGUUUGUAAUCAAUGGUUCAUUAGAUGCAUGCGUCGGUGGUCUAUACAAAAUCUAUGGUGACAUCGUUUCUUACUCUGGUAUUUACUCAACCCAAGCUAUUGUUUGGGUGUACUCUGUAGAAAGGAAUACAAGAUCUUGGCAAACGCUAUUUGGUAAAAUGCAUGGACUUUAUAUUUUUCUGAUAAUUUAUAUAAUAUACUCAAUUAUAUGGAAGAUAGUAUGUAAAUUUGAUGGUGAAGCUGUAUCGAUGAAGGACACUCUUUUAUAUAGCUGGGGAGCCCUACUCGGUACCACAUCCCUGCAAGAUGCCCGGACGGUGAAACAAAGAAUCCUGAACAUUCUGUACCUCAUCAUGAGCUUGUUCUUAUCUACUUACAUAAGCUGCCAAAUUUAUUCUUAUCUCACUAUUGUGGAACCACCGCCACAUUACAGAACAAUAGAUGAACUAGAAAACUCAGAUAGAAUACCAUAUCUGGUGCCUGUGUCCAAAUACUUCGUUAAAGAUAAAAAAUAUGAGACAAUUGCUAAUGCGUCACGAGAUUGCAUAAAUUUUGAAGAUUGUGAAAUCAAAUUAAUAAAUAACAAGGCAUCGACGGUUCUUAUUGAUGGGCAUUUACCAUUUUUGCAGUCCAGAACAGCUGUUAAUGACGAGGCGAGAGUUUUAAGAGUUGCAAAUGAGAUUCUGACGAUUUAUCACGAGAUGAUAAUUCGAAAAUAUAGCCCCUUUGUCGAAAGUUAUAACAAGGUAACGCAAAGGCUGUUUGAAUCCGGAAUUUGUCGAAGAUUGUACGACGAAGCUAUAGGUAUAACGGUGGUGGAUAAAGCUAAGAUAGCGAAUAAGAAUAUAUUAUCUAAUAGUUACAGUUGCACCGUUGGAUGCCAAAUAACUCUUUUGCAGUUGGCGGGAAUUUUUUAUAUUUUAAUAAUUGGGUGCUUCAUAUCUAUUUGUAUUUUUAUCAUAGAACUUCUUAGCUACAGACAAAAACAAUUUUAA